UAAACAACCAGUCCUGCUCGACCACUUUCAUUUCCUUUUCUAUCAUUCUGCGACAGUCGUCUGAUCCAUACGAGUUACGAUAGUUCUGUUCUCACGAGCUCUGCCAGGCGGGGGUAUGACGGGAUGCUGGCCAAAAAGCGUACAUCACCAGACGAUGCAAUCUCCCUGGACGACAAUGGCCAUCUCACGUUCGGUCCAAAUGAUCCCACAAACCCGAAGAACUGGUCGCUGCGACGGCGAUACUGCAUCACCGCCAUUGUUAUCGUCAUUGUACUGAAUGCUACCUUUGCCUCGUCGGCACCAUCUGGCACUAUCGAUGGCCUUAGCAAAGACCUUCAUGUUUCCGUUGAAGCCGGGGGGUUGGUAACCACGCUGUUUCUUCUGGGAUACACUGCUGGACCGUUGUUGUGGGGACCGCUCUCCGAGUUCUAUGGUCGCCAAAUGAUCUUCUUCGGGACAUUCACCCUCUACCUAAUCUUCAACUUCCUAUGCGCUUUCUCGCCCAAUUUUGGAGGCCUUCUAGUCGGCCGCUUCCUAACUGGCGCAUUUGCCAGCUCCGGUCUGUCGAAUGUUCCAGGCACGCUUUCUGACAUAUGGGGACCCGUGGGCCGAGGACACGCCAUCAAUCUAUUCCUGGUGGUGACCUUCGUGGGGCCAGCUCUUGGCCCCGUUAUAUCUGGGUUUCUGGAGCUGACGAAGACAUGGCGCUGGACCUUCUACGUCCUCCUCUGGAUGGCCGGCAUCACGGAGCCAUUCAUGUUCUUCCUCCUGCCGGAAACCUUGCCGAGCAUGAUUCUAUACCGGAGAGCUCGCCGAUUGCGCACAGCCAAAGUGCCAGGUUACGAGAACGUCAUGGCGCCAGUCGAGACGACCGACCGGCGACUGAGCGCCAUCUUCUAUGCCACGUUGACGCGCCCAUGGAAAUUGCUGAUCGAUCCCAUCUGCGGCCUCGUCUGCAUCUACUUUGCAGUCACAUAUGCUCUCCUGUACAUGCUCUUCAGCAUCUACCCCAUCGUCUUCCAACAAAAGCGCGGCUGGAACGCGGGCGUGGGCGAAUUGCCGCUUCUCGGCGUCGCCAUCGGAGCCGCCUUGGGCGGCGUCAUCGUCUUCGUGCUGGGCGAGCGAGAGAAGAACAACAAGAACCCUACCCCCGAGGAUCGCCUUCCUGCCGCGAUGAUCGGCGCCGUCCUGUUCGCAGUCGCGAUGUUCUGGUUCGCGUGGAGUGGAGAAUACGACGCGGUGCCCUGGAUCGUGCCGACGCUGGCGGGCACGUUUCUGUCCACCUCGCUGCUGCUCAUUUUCGUCGGCUUCAUGAACUACCUCGUUGAUUCCUAUCUGGCUUUUGCCGCUUCCACCCUGGCGGCAUGCACGGUCGUGCGUGCUGCUGCUGCCUCGGCCUCGCCGCUGUUCACGCAAUACAUGUUUGAUGCGCUUGGGGUUGGCGGAGGGGGAUCGUUGAUUGGAGGCAUUGCUGUGCUUCUUUUGCCCAUCCCCUUUGCUUUUUAUAGAUACGGUGCGCCGCUUAGGCUGCGAUCCAAGUAUGCCCCGACAGCCAAUGUAGCUGGGCGGAAACAAGAUGACGAAAACCAAGAUGAAGAGAAAGGUAGUCAGGUAGACAAUUAG